GGCAACGCUGGCACGCUGGGAUAAUCUUUUAUUUUUUAUUUUGACCGCGGUUUAGCAUAUUUGGUGACCUUUACAUUGCUUCGAGGUUGAUGGUUUGUUUCGAAUUCAGUAAGACUGCUACGGUAUAAGAGACCCAAGGCUAGGUUUCUUCAUUUGCAUCUGGUUACGGUAGCGGAAUUUCAACGCUCUAAGGAGAAGAUAAUGUCGCUCAGGGGAGUUGUGAAGCUGAGCCUACUGGGUGGCACGGUGUACCUGGCGCAGACUUCGGGUGUCUGGAGCGACAGCUCGCGCACCAUCGAAAGCAUCAAAGCAUCGGUGAAGGCAUGGCCGAGCUUGAAAUACUACGUUGACACGGCACCAAGCAGGAAGGAGCUCAAUAUGAAAGCAGUCGACUGCUGGAACGACGGUGUGAAGGCCACAUUCAAGCAUCUCCUAAGUCUGCCACACUACACCAAAUCCACAGUAGCCUGGUGCUCCAAGUCAAUUUCAGGACUAAUCAACCAGGAAAAAAAGCCUUGAAAUCCAUAGUAAGCUGUAACAAAACAGCAAGUGUAGUAUCACUAAGAGGACAUUACAAUAACCAUUCACUAGAAGCUUCCAAUAAAAAGACUUUCACUAAA